AUGGAAGUCUAUUUACUUCCUUUUGGGCCAGCGUCCGACCAUAUGAAUUUGUUGGUGAUUUGUGAAACAGCAAGACAAAAAUGCUAUGUUAUACUGACUCUUAGCGGCGGAAGAAAUGUAUUGGUUUAUUCGAUAGUUCAAGAUAUAAAAUUCCAAAAUUUUCAAAUUGAGUCCUUAAGGAAUUAUACAAGAAUAAAAACUGUUUGUAUAUUAGAGUAUUGGUUCAAUCCUGUUGGUUGUGCUCCUGAUAACUUUGGGAUAAAUUGUUCCCAUUUAAUUGUUAUGAACAUAAACACUGCCAUAAUAUUCAUAAACCAAAUCCAAGCAUUAUUAUCCUCCACAAAUUUUAAAAGCGAUGUCUGUAAACGUGACCAAGCUACGCAAACUUUCGAUGGGAAUAAUGAGUUUGAAACAUGUCCUGAUGGGCUAAAUUGUGAGACAGAGAAAAAUAAUCGAAUGCUGAUGGAAGAAAAUGUUGCUGUAAAACAGCAAUUGCUGGAAAAGGAUGAGCUGAUAAAAGAAAUGAAAAGUCAAUUUGCCUGCGAGAAAAGAAAAUUUCUCAAAAUGAAAUAUGAAUAUUCAAUAGAGAAAAAAAAUAUAUCUGAAAAAAAUAAAUCCCUAGAAAACAAACUUGAACAGUUGAAAGAUAUAUAUGGAAAUUUGCAAAAAGAAUACAAAGACACACUACUUGACUUUGGACGACUUUCCGUGGAGAGCGAUUCCAAAACGAACUUAGGGGAAAAAAGCGAGACAUUUCAGAAACUAUUUUCUCCAAAGCUAUCGGCAUCGUUAGUUGUUAACAUGGCAGGUAAUAGUUCGUCUCAUUUUAGUCCCAGGUCAUCCAUAAAUUCUGCCGUUCAGUCCAACAGUGUUCAGUCCGAGGAUGAAAAGAAACCGUUGCCUGCUUUGUCUUUGCCAUCUCCAUCAGGAGAGCAAUCUGUAGGCGCAAGUAGAGAAUUGGUGGAGUUAAAUGCAUGUCAAGGCGAUCACCAAAGCAAUGGAAGUGGAGCUCAAAAUCAUAACCAAUGCAGCAAUGUAAGACCGAACAAUAAAAAAAUCGAUGUUUCACUGGACUCACCGCCAUUCCCUACCGAGGUACACGAAAGAAGUAAUGCACAGCCUUUGGGUCUCUUAAAUGAACCUUCUUCUUCAGUUAAUGCCCAUGUCUACAACGUUUACAGAUUAUUAUUACUAACAAUAUCUGAUAGGUUGUUAUACAGUGAUGUUUUCAAGCUUAAAGAAUGGGCAAAGGAAAAAUUCUCAGUCGAGAGUUAUCUAUGUCCAUCUAAAGUUAUUUUACAAUUGGACCAGAAAGGUGUUAUUAAUGCAUCGGAUUUAGGUCAGCUCCGUGUAUUCUUCGAGUCAAUCACAAGAUUUGAUCUAGUGUACCUUAUUGAUGAAUUUUAUAAUGGUGACUACGAUAAGUUGAGAAAGUUGAUCAAUCAACAUAAGUCGAUAAACAAUAGUCAAGAACGAGAGGCCAAUUUGAAUCGAGUACACUCAUCUAGAGUUCUUCCACCAGAUAAUAACACUCCAAGAUCUCCACUAAGAUCCAACACCGUUGACCGGGUGGGCAAUGUUGAAACAUUUGAACAACCUAGUACAGCUGACGAGAACAAUGGCGUAUCCAUUGUCAGGAAUUGCCAACGCACGGAAAAUGUUCAGCAAUCUAAUGUUGCCGGCAGAAAUGUUGCCACCAUAAGUGGCAAUAGAUUUUCAACGCAUGAAAAUUCAAAAGAUGUUCCUGAUGAUGAUGCAGUUAAUCACACAAAAGGUAGGUAAACAAACAAUUUUAUUAUUCCAUUGCUUUAUUUCAACAAUUUUAUUAACUUUUAAAUAAAUACUUUUUCCGAUAUAUUAUGCUUUUCCGAAAUCUGUACCGCCGUCAAGAAUAAACGUUUUCGACUAUUAUUUAACAUAUUUCUUCUUGUAAAAAAUUAUUUCCUCAAACUUUUUCCCAUCUUACGUUUAUAAUUUGCCCAACUUUAUUUCUACUGGAAGGGAAGCUAGCCACUGCCACCGCCCCAUACUCUUAUGAAGUUAUGUUGCCACCUUUACCCCACCUUUCCACUACUCCUGAAACAACAUGAAAAGAGAAUAAACAAUCAACAAAUUAAAAAUAUUAUUUUAUUGCCAUUAAUCAAUUUAAACAAGGAAAGCGAGGUCAUAAGAACAAGGAAAGCACAAAUGAUGUUACAGUUACAACAAGAAAAAUCAACGGAAAGAAGACGCCGAACGCAGAACAGCCUUCAUCUCAAAGACGUCCAGAAUCGAAUCAGCCAUCAUCUCAUGGUUCCCAGAAUCGUCCUGCACAAUACAAUGGUUCUUCUCAACGCCAUCCGGAUGACCACUUUCAUGGGCCAAGGAACGGCGAUAUACAAGACAAUUGGCUAUGCAAUCACUACAAAAGAAGGUGCUUGGUGAAAUUCGAAUGCUGCAAUAAAUACUGGCCAUGCCACCGUUGUCAUAACAACGAGAGCACGUGUGGGAGAAUGAAACUGAAAUCACGUGACACAACGAUGGUCAAGUGUGUCGAAUGCGGGAAAGAACAACAGGUAACGUAAAAGAUGCUAAUGUUGUGCGCAUCUUUGUGAUUCUUUCAGUACAGCUCUAAACAAAGAAAUAAUUGAAUCAAGGAGAAAGUAGGAUUUAAAUUGCGAUGCAGACAUAAUACACCUUCUUUUCUCUUUCAACACACUUUUAAUGAAACUUAAAAAAUUCAUUAAACAUACAUCAUCAUUGUCGCAUGCGACAGCAUGAAAGAGGAUACUACUUGCCUGUGACGGAAGAUAGAAUUCAGUCGUUGGUCCGGGGAAUAGUUGGCGAACUAUUUGUCCCAGACAAUAGGCCUAGGCAAGAUCAGCAAUUUGAUGCCACUGAAGCUUGCCGAGAAGGCCCCCUCCCCACCCCCACCCCCCGAGAACUAGAGCUCAAAACGGGAAACGUUGACGCCGAGAAACAGUGUAAAUGGUCCUGUAGUUACUUCCUCGACUUCGUGCAGUCUUUGCAGUUUGACUUUAUAUUCACGCCUUGGGGGACAGGCAAAACAUCAUCUUUCAGGAAAUUAAAUAUUCGUUCUUUUCAGAAGAGGUUUUAGCAGUAUUGGCGUCAAUGAUUAACAAUAUUUGCACGGCGUCGAGUAUUAUUAUAUUAAAAUACAAGACCGACCACGUUGUUUCGUUGGUCCAGAUCUUUGUUGCAAGGCUGCAAGCCAUAGUUUAAAUUGCUCUUCUGUGCUAUUUCAUUGUACUGGGAUGCUUGUAUUUAAACCUGAACUCGUACACAAAGUCAAUGAAGUAAUAACAGGACCAUUUACACUGUUUCACGGCGUCAACGGCGAUGGCGAGUUGGCAUGCGGAAUGGCAUUGUUUUUAUCAGCUCUAGUUUUCGGCAAGCAAAAUCGAUUGUUUAUUUCAUGAUCAUCUUCAGUGGCACCAAAUUGCUGAUCUUGCCUGGGCCUAUUGUCUGGGACAAAUAGUUCGCUAACUAUCGCAAUAUUUUAUUCUCCCGCCGUAAACAAAGUGCGGAAAUAUAUGCAAAUUUUUUCGCGAUAAAUAAAUUAACAUGCUAAUUUGCCGAACCUCCCACGAAGAAAGUUCAACUUUUUUGUGUGUGACAUUUCGACUUGUAUGUGAGAGGUUCGUAUUGUGUGUGUGACAUUUCGACUUGUGCGUGAGAGGUUCGGCUUAUUUGCGCGUGGUUCCAAUGUCUUUUGUGAGCGUUUCGUAUUACAUGUGUGAGCUUUCAUAGUGUUUACAAGCAUUGGAAUUAAUUGUGUGUGUGUUCAUAAUUUUGUCCCUUUUGGACGCCCAUACAGUACUCUUGCCUUCGGCUCGAGUUUGUAUAUCAGAUACAGAUCGGCUGCUCAUGUUUUAUCUAGUACUUAAAAUUCCUUGAAAUUUAUUUGGAAACGUAAAAACUGAAAAGUCUAAAAAUAUGCAGUAUAAAAUUAUUCAGUUUUUACGCCAUAUUGAAACGUUUCAUAUAUUUUUAGAUCCCAAGCUUUUAUGUUUUUAAAUAAAUAGCAUGAAUUUUUAACUUUUUAUUGAAAAGUGGUUGAAAGAAAAAGGAAGACAUAAUAUGUCAGCAUCAACAAUUUUAAAGUUAACGGCUUGAACUGGGAGCAGUAGUGAGAAAUACUGCUAGGAUUGAGCUCGUCUAUGUUAGGAAAAUAAUUCCUGGUAUCCAGUAAAUUUUAUUACCAAGAAAUAUGUAAACUAUCAUUUUUGGAUUUCAUUCUUUCGUGCAGCAAAAAUGGUCAAAUUAAAUAUAUUUCAGUUUUGGAGAAUAAUAUAUUAAUUUCAGCCUUUAGACGACGAUUUCAUAAUUUUUCUUCAUUUUUCUUUCUUUCUAGUUUGGGGAAAAUGGCCAAUUCUGUGUUUCAUGUAACACUCAAUUCGCUAAUUUCUACUGUGGACUGUGCAAACAUCUUACUGGAAAUGAUGAUCACCCCUAUCAUUGCGAUAAAUGUGGCAUUUGUAGGUGAGAAUAUAAAAUUAAGCAUCCUUCCUUUUUAAUCAAAAGAGUAUGAAAAUAGGUAAUGUAACGAUUACUUUUGAACAACCUUUAUUUUAUCAGAGUGAUUGAUCGAGAUUGAGAAUUAAGAAACGUUUAUUUUCUAGAAUUCAUGGGGAUCGCUCGUUUCAUUGUGAUGUUUGUGGUAUUUGUCUUGAUGUUCAACUUCGUGGAAAUCAUAAAUGUCGUCCUGAUUCAGCCCAUGAUGAAUGUGGCAUCUGUUUGGAGGUGAAUGCAUAAUCUAAUAUUUAAAUAUCAAAUUGUUUGCGACAGAAUGUUUAAUAUGAUGCUCCAGUGUAUCGGAAACUUGAAGGAUUACAGGAUCAAACUGCAUGUAAAUAUUAAAUGAACUUCGAUUUUUUAAACGUCCUAUUUACUCUAAAGUCUUGUUAAUGUCAACUUGUGUCGGUUUGCAUCCAGUAACCCCGCAAGUGUCUUUGCGAAAUGCGUUUCAAAAACUCUUAAUUUGUUUUGACUUUCUACAGGACGCAUUUACGGGCUGCCAGAUUCUUCCAUGUUCCCACAAGGUUCACAAAGAAUGCGCCAAUCGGAUGAUUCGAAACGGAAUGUAAGUCCAUAUUUAUCGUUCAGAAUAUUUACAAACAUAUAAUUAAUACACGACACAUUGCUCCAAUCAAUGGAUGGAGACAAGAAAGUAGUGCUGUUUACGACCAGACACAAUAACAUUGACUGAGUACAUUUUUAUUCAGCUUUCAUUGUAUGUUUGAAAAAGUAGUAUAGUAAUUUGUGAAGUUCAGUACAAUGUAUGAAGUAGAGGUUUCUUAUUCUCCUCAGAGACCUCUGCUCACUGCAGUGUAAAUGCAAUUGGGCAUAUUUGCAACAGUUUAUACAUUCCACUUGGUAAAAGGAGCCCUUCAAUUAGUAUUCGAAGGGCCUGCUUACAAUAAUUAUACAUAUAGUAGGAGAGAGGUGAAAAGAGAAUACAAUAGAAAUACACUAGAAAUACACACAAAAACAAAUAUCAUCAGAUGAUAAAACGAAACAUAUCUUUCAUAAAUUGCAAACCAUCAGAAAUUCACCAAAAUGAAGAAAUGUACAUUGGGGUUCCUAAAUGUGGUAUAUUCUUCUCUCUUUUUAUCCAGAACUCGCUGUCCGAUAUGCCGUAAAAGUUUCGCCCAUAAACUUGAAAGACGCCCUGUUGGAAGGAGGCAAAGAUGAACGAAAAUCAUGGAAAUCCACUUCUCGUGCCGUUCCGAUUAUUCUGUCGAAUGUCGUCAGAGCAAGUGCCUUUCAACUAUAAGAUCGUGGGUUCGAUUCUCUCGUUCCUCACUCAUGUGAAUCGUGUGAAAAGUGUCGGCCAAUGCUCUGUCGAAAUCGUGAGUUUUCUCCUGGUGCUCUGAUAUCGAUUCCAACCGGUUAGGAUAAAAGUAGUAUCACAAUUGAUAAGUAUGUAAUUAGGUAAGCAUAAUACUUAAUGUAAAGUGGCUAUAAUAGCCACAUGCAUAAUGCUGUUCCAACGACCGUAAAAUCUUGAAAACAUUGACAACAAUAAAAUGUGCAACAGACAUUGAUCGCCGUAGUUUGUCCCCAGUGGAGUAGUAGUCUUCAUGAUUAAAUAACAAUGAGCACAACAAUUCAAGUAAAACUAGAUAGCCUGCAUGUUUGAUAGG